CCCGGAGACCGAAAUAGGCGCAGCGGUGUGUGUUUGUUUGUGUGUUGGCGUGUGUGUGUGUGUGUGUCUCAGUGCUAUGUCUCCGUCCUGGGUGAGCACUAAUAAUAGAGGAGGCCGCCUGCUCCUUUAAGAGCCUAUACUAGUUGAAUAGCCUGCUCCACGAAACACAUUGCAACAACAUGGUUAUCAAAGUAUUUCUCGCCUCUUCAUCGGGAUCCACCGCGAUCAAGAAGAAGCAGCAAGAUGUGGUCGGCUUCCUGGAGGCUCUCAAAGUGGACUACACUCAGCUGGACAUCGCCUGCAACGAGGAGAACCGCAUGUGGAUGAGGCAGAACGUCCCCGUGGAGAAGAAGCCCGCCAACGGCAUCCCGCUGCCCCCUCAGAUCUUCAAUGAAGAGAGCUACUGUGGGGAUUAUGAAACAUUCUUCGACGCCAAAGAGGACAACAUGGUGUACGACUUCCUAAGGCUGCCUCCUCCUCCCGGGUCAAAGGAGGCCGAACAGGCCAGCAAGGCCCUCAUUGUGGAGAACGGGACCCAUGCGGAGGAAACUAACGCAGAGAAGAGCCUUGAUGAAUCAAGAGAGGUUCCGGUGGAGGAGCGAAAUGGGAAUGCGCACGGCGAGGAGGAGCAGGCAGCUGAGGAGGAGGACGGGGAGGAAGUCGUGGGUGGCGAGGAAGAGGUAGCAGAAGGAGAUGAUGAAGUCACGGAAGGAGAAAAGGCCCUUGGAGACGAGGAGGAGGAGACGAUGGAAGAAACCGACGAGGUCACAGAAGACACACAGGCCCGAGAAGAGGAGGGCGAAGGACAGGAGGAAGAGGAUUUGCAGUCACAGGAGGAAGAAGAGCUUCGACAGCUUGAGGAAGAAGAAGAGGCUGAAGUACAAGAGGAGGAAGAGGCUGAGUAGUUAGAGCCAGGUGACCUCGUUGAUGCUGAUUUGCUCCGAUCCAGGUCCCCACCCCUGCGAGCCCCUGUCACGCCGCGUUAGAGGAAGCUGCUAAGUGAGCUUCAGAUGUGCCGGAGGAGGAGCGGGCACAGGCGUGGUGGCAGUCUCUGCCACUAUCCACUGGGAAAUGUGUGACCUUGUUUCUCACGUUUGAUUUCCUGUUGGCCUUGCGUUUCAGCCUGAAAGAGCCUCCCGCGACGUCUCCCCCUGACCCCUGACGCUUGAACCCCUCCACCUCUCCCCAAGGCCACACUGGACCCCACUGGAAACUGCUGCCGGUCAUGUGCUUGAAGGCGCCAUCCAAACGUCCUAACCCACAUUGCCCGCCCCCCCUUACCCGCUACCCUCCUUCCCCUUUGACUGCAAUGUUGACUUACUUUUUAUAUUUCGCAUUUAGAGACUGCAAUGAAAAUGUGCAGAGUAGCCUAUAGUGGUGUCAGUUUGUUUGUAAUGAAUAGCUUUUGUAAAAGGCAAAACUGUUAUUUUGUUCGACUCAAACAUAUUUCUCAUGUUUUACUUUUAGAGAUUCUAGUUGUCUAACUCAAACAGACAGCGCCCUUAUCAAAAAAGAUGACCUUGGCAUACCUUGGCUUGUGGCCUACUUCAGAUUCAAGGGUUAUUUCUCACUCUCUAGUGUGUUCAGCAGAUUUACCAACGUCGUGCCUUCUUGACUCCUUCCACCAAGUAAAUAUAUAUAAAUGCAAAUUAAGCCUUCUAAUGGCCCCAUGAGAAAAGACAACGCACAGACCGCAAACUACUCCACCAGCCCUUACUCCUGCCAAUACUGCUGUCUAAUCGAUGCACUUUGUUGAAUGAAGAGUGAAACAUGUGACUAAGUCUUGGAUGCAAUGGAAAAUGCAAUAAACGAGACUGGUAUAGAACGAAA